AUGAUGCUGCCCACCUACGGCGACAUGCAGAAUACCAUGCACUUCAUAGACCGGUCGGGCAGUCGGGACGGCGCACGACAUUCCCUGUCCUCAUUGAUGCUUCAUUGGGUUGGCUGUGUGUGUCUGCAGUGAUGCCCGUGGUGCCGUGUUGGCGGGCCUGCUCGAUCGGUCGGUCCACCAGUCGGUUGAGGGCGCCACGGCCGCCAUGGCGUGGACCUUUGCCAACGACACACCAUGCAAGUUCAAGCACUUGCUACUGACGCCGUUCGACCACCCCUUCAUCGCAUACAUCGCCAUCGACGACUCGGGGGAUGGACAGGGCAAGCUACAGACGACAGAGGGUCACUCAGACAGACAGCCCAUUCCGCUGUGCUGUGUGUCUGCAGUGUCUGUGAGGGUGUUCACGACCGAGCAGCCAGCAGCGGGUGUGUCUGCUGAUGCGCCCUUCAAGGACCGCUUCCCCCGCACCACCGCCCUGGCGCGCCCCGUCCUGGGACCGAUCGCACCCAUUGUGUUCGACGGCGAGGCGGCGUAGCUCGUGUUGGAGUAGAGGGAGGGGGGUAGACAAACAAGAGGGAACGAGAUGAGAGAGGCAUGAGGGACACCACAUCUCACACACGGGGCGAGACGUGUGUGUGGAUGGAUGGCCUGUGUGUACGUGGUGAAUGGCCA